AUGGCGGCUCCGGCGGGUCACCCGGCUCGGGAGGCUCGGUCCGAAUGCUCUGAGGAGGCGCUGGCCGCUGCCUUAGCGGACGUGCCCGAACUAGCCCGACUUCUAGAAAUAGACCCGUACCUGAAGCCCUUCGCUCCGGACUUCCAGCGCAGGUAUAAGCUGUUUAGCAAGACUUUGAACAACAUUGGAGAGAACGAAGGUGGUAUUGAUAAGUUUUCCAGAGGUUAUGAAUCAUUUGGCGUCCACAGAUGUGCUGAUGGUGGUUUAUACUGCAAAGAAUGGGCCCCGGGAGCAGAGGGAGUUUUUCUUACUGGAGACUUCAAUGAUUGGAAUCCAUUUGCAUACCCAUAUAAAAAACUGGAUUUUGGAAAAUGGGAGCUGUAUAUCCCACCAAAGCAGAAUAGAUCGGUCCUAGUACCUCAUGGAUCCAAAUUAAAGGUUGUUAUUAGGAGUAAAAGUGGAGAGAUCUUGUAUCGUAUUUCACCGUGGGCGAAGUACGUGACUCGUGACAGUGAUGAUGUGAAUUAUGAUUGGAUACACUGGGAUCCAGAACACCCAUAUAAAUUUAAGCAUUCCAAACCAAAGAAGCCAAGAGGUCUACGAAUUUAUUAA